AUGAAUACAAUAGCAAAAGGUCAUGCGGUUGAAUAUUCUGCUUUGGGGGUAUUCGAUAAACGAAUUAAAAUAAUCAAAUCAGGCUAUAAGGAUUCGUCAUGGUUAUUGGAUUCCGUCAUUCAAACUAACCUUCAACAAGUCGAUGUUAAUAAAUAUGUAUUUGAAAUCCCCGACGCUGGAACCAUAAAUCACAUUGUAGUAUUUUUACUCGGUACGGUUCCUUUUGAGCCUGGCUACGCAGCCACUGUACAUUUUUUGUGGCCUGGAGGCGAGCAUGGCUGGAAAUUGUUGGGCAUGCUUUCCAACGAAAAGCCAAGCGCGAUUUUCCGUCUUCGUGGGUCAGCCAUUCCUGGAACAACAAAUGUAGCAUCAUCAAAUGCAUUCUCUUUUGGUUCAACCACAAAAUUGAUUACAAAUUUUAGCGCGGACGACAUGUCAAUGGACGUUAAUGAUUUAUCAUCGACUACUACUUCUGUAACAGCAACAGUAGGAAUUUCCAUCGAACCAAUUGCAAUGGUAGAAUCCCAAAUUGCAACACUCCCUCAGACAUCUAAUCAACCACAAACUAGUAGUUCUGGUGGUAUAACAACAGAACUUAUCAGUCAAAUAACGCAAAACACUCUUCGGAACCUAUACAAUUAUGCUACAUCAUUCGCCACGUCUUCUACCCCUUUUGGUUCACAAAUAAUUGGAUCUGGAAACGCGUUUAUAUCAGCGAAGGUUUUUCAGGAUUGGUAUGAAACUUUUGCACGCAAAGUCAAAAUUGACCCAAAUAUAGUAAUGAAAGACGAUAGUAAUAGUAUGAGUUGA